UGGAGAGUUCGGUCCUUGUGUGCGGCGAUGGCACAACAGAGAAAGCCUGUAUAAAUUUUUACUUCGGCCUUGUAUGCACCAGAACCUAUAUCAAAAUGGCACCACGUAUGGAUAAACAUGCAAAGAGCUCUUCGAAGUUGGAUAGUCCUUCUGUGUAUUCUCUCCACGACGCGUGGAUGGCGUCACCAGAAGGCUCCAGGCACAAGGGAUGAGUUGACUGUCCAGCCUUGCCAGGUACGACUGACUCGUUUGCAGUUCCCCAGGCUGCGUUGUAAUGGUGGGAGGAAAUCGGCACCGGAGUCGGAGAAAGUCGUCGCUGCAGAUUAUUGGCUCAAAAAGUGCCUCUCUCAUUGUUCUCUCCGCAGCCAACUUUUGUACUGUAUUUCCUUCAGCCUGAUCAUCUUGCCGUCCGUACACUCAUUAUCGCCAUUUCUACAGUGCUCGACCUGCUCUUAUUAAAGGCAUCUUUUCACUUAUUUGUUGCGGACAUAUCUGGUCAAGAUGCCUGCGACAUCGAAAUCUGUGGCAGACCUCCCACGAUUCCUGCUCCCUCGUCUUACUUGGACCACUGCCUCAUUCGCUCAGAGUGCACCACAAACAUUACCAACACGGCUACCGAGAC